CGGUAUAUAACUUAUCCAAAAACAUGUAUUGUGGCUAUCCAAGCUGGUAAUGUUAUGCGUUUUCCCGCGCUUAUGGUAAAUGGCAGAAACAAAGUAAUUUGAUAGAUUUGUUUUAUAUUAUUAAUUAGUGGUGCGGAGUGUGUGGAAGUUUUUUGAAGUCAAGUGAACCAUGUCGAGCCCAGCGUCGUCGCCCCCGCGGAGCGAGCGUCGCGCCGACCUGGCCACGUCCCCGCCCCGCGAGGUGGGCAUGUUCGAGGACGAGAGCGACAUCCUGGGAGGGGCGGCCAGCCAAGAGGAGGAGGAUGGGGAGGAGUUGUUUGGCGACAACAUGGAGGCGGACUACCGGCCCAUGCCCGCGCUGGACCGCUACGACCCCGACGCCCUGGACGACGACGACGACUACGGGGACCUCUCGCAGACGGAGCGGCAGGCGGCGGAGCUGGCCAUGCGGCGGCGGGACCGCGAGGAGGGCCGAGCGCGGCGCGGGGACCUGGAGCUGGUGUACGGGGACAGCGAUGACGAGGAGGCGCCCCGCAGGAAGCGGCGGCUGGCGGAGAAGGCCGCUGCCGGCGAGAUGGACGACGCUGAGAUGAUCGAGUCGAUCGAGAACCUGGAGGACACGAAGGGCCACUCGACCAAGGAGUGGGUGUGCAUGCUGGGGCCGCGCACGGAGAUAGCGAACCGCUUCAAGAGCUUCCUGCGCAGCUACACCAACGCCAAGGGGCAGUACGUGUACCGGGAGCGCAUGAGGCGCAUGUGCGAGCUGAACGGGGCCAGCCUGGCGGUGGAGUUCCCGGCGCUGGUGGCCCAGCAGCAGGUGCUGGCCUACUUCCUGCCCGAGGCCCCGACCGAGAUGCUGCGCAUCUUCGACGAGGUGGCCAAGCAGCUGGUGCUCAGCAUGUUCCCCAGCUACGAGCGCGUCGCCGCCGAGAUCCACGUCCGCGUCUCAGACCUGCCGCUCGUCGAGGACCUGCGCACGUUCAGGAAGCUGCACUUGAACCAGCUGGUGCGCACCACGGGCGUGGUGACGGCCACCACCAGCGUCCUGCCUCAGCUUUCCGUCGUCAAGUACGACUGCAACAAGUGCGGCUACGUGCUGGGGCCCUUCGUGCAGUCCCAGAACUCCGAGGUGAAGCCGGGCUCGUGUCCCGAGUGCCAGAGCACAGGCCCCUUCAUGAUCAACAUGGAGCAGACGGUGUACCGCAACUACCAGAAGAUCACGUUGCAGGAGUCCCCAGGUAGCAUCCCAGCGGGCCGCAUUCCCCGCUCCAAGGACUGCAUCAUGCUGGCAGACCUCUGCGACCGCUGCAAGCCGGGAGAUGAGAUCGACGUCACAGGGGUGUACACCAACAACUACGACGGCUCGCUCAACACCGAGCAGGGCUUCCCCGUGUUCUCGACGGUGAUCGUGGCCAACCACCUGGUGGUGAAAGACUGCAAGCAGAUCGUGCAGUCACUGACGGACGAGGACAUCGCCACCAUCCUCAAGCUCUCCAAGGACCACCGCAUAGUGGACCGCAUCAUCGCGAGCAUCGCGCCGUCCAUCUACGGCCACGACUACAUCAAGCGAGCCCUCGCGCUGGCCCUGUUCGGUGGCGAGUCCAAGAACCCGGGGGAGAAACACAAGCUGCGUGGGGACAUCAACAUCCUGAUCUGCGGGGACCCUGGCACGGCCAAGUCGCAGUUCCUCAAGUACGUGGAGAAGAUAGCGCCGCGUGCAGUGUUCACCACGGGGCAGGGAGCCUCCGCUGUGGGGUUGACCGCGUACGUUCGACGCAGCCCCGUCACCCGCGAGUGGACUCUGGAGGCAGGGGCCUUGGUGCUGGCAGACAAGGGUGUCUGCCUCAUCGACGAGUUCGACAAGAUGAACGAUCAAGAUAGAACAUCCAUACACGAAGCGAUGGAGCAGCAGUCCAUCUCCAUAUCGAAAGCAGGCAUCGUGACCUCGCUGCAAGCCCGUUGCUGCGUCAUAGCAGCGUCCAACCCGAUAGGCGGUCGCUACGAUGCCACCAUGACCUUCUCCGAGAACGUGAACCUGUCGGAGCCGAUCUUGUCGCGCUUCGACGUGCUGUGCGUGGUGCGGGACGAGGUCGACCCCAUGCAGGACCAGCACCUCGCGAGGUUCGUGGUGUCGUCCCACGUGAGGCACCACCCGUCGCGAGCCCGCACCGCCCCGGACGCUCCCGCCCCUGCCGGGGACGUCGAGCCGGUGCCCCAGGAGCUGCUCAAGAAGUACAUUGUGUACGCCAAGGAGAGCGUGCACCCCAAGCUGCAGAGCAACGUGGACCAGGACAAGGUGGCCAGCAUGUACAGCCAGCUGCGCCAGGAGUCCCUGGCGACCGGCAGCCUGCCCAUCACCGUGCGCCACGUGGAGAGUGUGAUCCGCAUGGCAGAGGCCCACGCUCGUAUCCACCUGCGAGACCACGUGCUGGAGGAGGACAUCAACAUGGCCAUACGCAUGAUGCUGGAGAGCUUCAUACACACGCAGAAGUACAGCGUCAUGAAGAGCAUGCGCAACACAUUCCAGAAGUACCUGUCAUUCAAGAAAGACAACAGCGAACUGUUGUACUACAUCUUGCGGCAAAUGACGCUGGAUCAGCUAGCGUACAUCCGCUGCGUACAGGGUCCAGAUGCUACUGCUAUUGAAGUCAGUGAAAAAGACUUCAUUGACAGAGCAAGAAUGAUUGACAUCCACGACGUGAAGCCAUUCUAUGAAAGCAAAAUCUUCAAAACCAACAACUAUGUUUAUGAUGCAAAGCGAAAGAUGAUUGUCCAGACCAUUCCUGAAGCUGCAGUGCCAGAGACGUAAUGUUUGUACAAAGUUUUAUAUCAUAAUAAUUUUUUAAUGUAAUUUUUAUAUUAAUUUCACUGGUGAGUAAACAGUGUGAAAAACCAGUAGCUAGUUUGCUUACCUGAGGACUGUACUCUAACAAGCUCACUGUUAAGGUCUCGAUUCAAGGUCACAGUUGUGAUUCAGUCUUUCUAGUAGUCAGUUUGGUAGAAGACUUGUUAUCACAGACAUAUCAUCUUCCUCAGCGCCGUGCUCUUGAAACGGGGGGAAGGGGAUACAGGAGAUGGAUUAUGCUGCAUCAGUAUGAGUUAUGACAUAUGAUACUCCAACAUAGCAGCCUGCACAUUGCACAUUUGCCCAUAUGGUUUACGUAUUACUGCAUAAAUAUCCAUUUCACUUCCUUUUCAGUUAUAAAUAAUGUCCUGUGCAUUGCAGUUUACUCUAAACAUUAGCAUUUAUUAACAUACCUAUUUAUUCAUGUAGGUACGUACGUAUGCAAGAAACUUCUGUCGUUCUACUUUUUAUAAAAGGUUAAAUCGUCAAGCUGGAAAAACUAUACAAGUAUAUCAGUAAACUGAAUUAUUUAAACUAAAUUUAAUUCAAUAACACGAUAAAAAAAAUUAUCAAAAAAUACUAGCAAAAAAAAACAGUAACUACAGAGUUGUUUGUUUUAAGGCAUUUUCAGACUGAUGCUUCACAAAAUUAUCCUUUACCCACAAGCUCUUCCUCACACUAUCUGGAAUAUUUUGUUAUAUACCAACCUUCAUUUUUUUUACACUUUGACAAAACACUAGAAGCCAACAGUUAGUCCCGCUUCAUCAUGAUUCCGUUCACAGUAGACGUUGGCAUCCCAAGUUUUUUGACAUACUCUUAUUUUCAAAGGAUUCACAUCAACUUCUGAUAUUUUCAGUUUUUCUUCUAACAAUAACGCCUUCCAAUUGUUGGGUCUUCCACUACUUGUAGAUGCCAUUAUGCACUGUUUUUCACAACACUAAACAUUUAUUAGGUUUGAUAACCUUAAAAUCAUUCCUAUAAAGAUUGAAAACUAAAAACCCCUUUGUGGGUUAUGAAUUAUUGUUUACUGUGGUUAAUUUAAAGUGUGCACACUGCUUGCAAAAAAAAAAUGCAAACAGGUCAACGAAUAUUAGCUGGUGGUAAUCUGAUUUGCUGUGUAUUUGUCACAUGGUAUAACUCUAAUACGGGAAAUGGAACAGCCUCAGUCUUUACCAAUCCAAGCAGACGAUUGGUCGAAAAAUUUACUUGUAGCAGUGUGCUGCAUGUGGCACAGGUUUUAAUGGUCUUGUGCAUUUAUCAUAUAUUAUGCCUCGAAUGGGGAAAAUGGCGUGCAGAUGAUUACUUGAAAAAUGUGGCAUGCUGCAAAAGUUUUGACGGUCAUGUGCUGUACAAAUUAUAUAGUUAUAUAUUAUAAAUACGUUAAUUUUUUUAAAUUAAAAUAAGUGUUUGAAA